GAAAGAAAGAAAGAAAAACAGGGGACAUUGCUGAAAAAGUGCUGCACAUCUUUUGAGGACUAUUCCACUGAUUCCUCAGGAACAUGUUGGACACGGAGACAGACGUCAACAGAUUCCUGUGAUGCCUGAUGAGACAUUUUGUAAUCUCUUUCAGGGAUUAAAUUCAGGAUAAGUGAACAAUCUUGAAGAAAAGAAAAAAAAGGACACAACAGCUGCAAGAAUGAGGUGAUUUUUUCCCCCAGUGGAGUUUCAGCAUCAGUCACAGGAAGUGUUAAAGAGGUAGAGGUUAAGAGAUUUACUUGAAUAUUGAUGAAAAUCUUCAAGGCACCAGAAUAUUUCCUGCAUCAAGGUUUACAAAGUUAAUUUUGGGGAAUAAAAAUUAGCAUUUCUGUUCAUUUUUGGAUAUAUUUGUUUCACAUAUUGAUUGUGCUUUUAUAAACUUCCUGAAUAAAUAACAUUUAUUUAUUCCAAUGAGACAAGUGGAUCACUUUUCUUUCUACUGAAACACCACUGCGAGGAACACUUCUAGUUCUUUUUGCAUCAACAACCUCUACUUGCCACCAACUCGUUGGGGUGUUAUAAACAAAUAAAAAAUAAAAGAUGGCACAAAAGGAAGGAGGAACAGAGCAGGGGUUUCUCAAAGCAGGGGAGAGUCUGGGGGCCAAAGCAAUGGUCGGGGCCCCUACAGCCGGCGGAGGAGUGGUGGUCGAGGUCAGGGAGAAGAAAGGAUCUCUGCGGGCGGCAAUACCCACAAUGCCUUUCCCUCUGGCUGUCAUCUGUCUGUUCCUCAACACCUUCAUACCUGGACUCGGUACCUUCAUCUCAGCGUUCACAGUUCUGUGUGGAGCGCGGUGUGAGUUGAUCUCAGAGCGCGGCGUGUGCUGCGUGUUCUGGCUCAACGUGGCAGCAGCGCUCAUCCAGGUACUGACGGCCGUCAUCAUGGUCGGAUGGAUCAUGAGCAUCUUCUGGGGAAUGGACAUGGUCAUCCUGGCAAUUUCUGAUGUGUCCCUCAGGACGUGUGAGGAGAGACAUCGCUCUGAUGUGGACGACACGGACAGUUUUCGAUCGGCCGGACCUUUUGUGAUGACCUGUAAGCUGAGAGAGGCAGGAGACCUGCUGAGGAGAGCGAUUCAGUCUGAAUGA